GUUACGUUCCAGAAGAGACGCUUUGGUCUAAUGAAAAAAGCGAUGGAGCUGAGUGUCCUCUGCGACUGCCAGAUUGGUCUGAUUAUUUUUAAUUCGAAUAACAAACUAGUUCAGUACUCUUCGCACGACAUUGACCAAAUUCUUCUCAGAUAUACAGAGUACAAUGACACGUGCGAGACUUACACCAAUAAGGAGUUUCUUAAUGCAACAGAAAGCAAAGAGGAGGACGAUGAUGAUGAUGUAUUAUCCGUGGCAGGAGAUGACAGGGGUAAACUAUCAGUAACACCGCAGCCACACAGUACUCCUGCUCAAGUUCACAUGCAUACGCCUCCCCAACAGCAGGUUCUCCAACAUACACCCUCAUCCAUAUCACCCCACAUGCCUCGUAGCACAUUCCAGGUCCCGCCGAAUGUGGUUAUCCAUCCUCAGCAGUACGACGGCAUCCAAUACCAACAGCCACCACAGCAUCUAGACCCUCAGUAUCGUUCACAGGCCUAUGUCCAACAACAGCAGUACCCUGCACAGCCUCAGUAUUCCCAGCAACAUCAACAACAACAUUUAUUUCUGCAGCAGCAGUCACAGCAUUACCAACCCCAGCACUAUCAGCAACAACAACCCCAGCAUCCCCCGCAUCUUCAACAGCUUCCAGCGUCACAGCAUUCGUCACCUCAACCACCCCGCCAGCAGCAACACCAGCAACAGCAAUCGCAACACCAGCAACAACCGCAGCCACAGGCAAUCCAAGAUACUAUGUAUCAUCAAGAUCCAAUGCAGUCUCAAAAUCGGUCCUAUCAACCACAACAAUUUCAUCAACCUGCUCCAUUCGUAAACCGAGUUAUGCCUCCGCCUCAGAGCUCACAGAAUAUUCAGCUCCCUGUGACGACAAACACAUCGAUAUCAACAACUUUGCCAACCCCUAUCACACUCCCAGUUCAGCAGCAACCGCUUUCACAGUCAGCUUCGCCAACUAUAAGCACUCAAAACGCCAUGAAAGCAGGCCAUUCACCAAUGAACGGAGACUCGCCCAUGACAGAUGGGUCUUCGAUCACAGCUCCAAAUCCUCCUAACUCAGCAUCAGGAGCUAUAUCGCCUGUUCUCAGCCCAACUAAUGGCGGUAUCAAGAAGCCAAAACUUCGUGUCCAGAUACCAACAGAGAGCAAAGAAAGCGCUACUCUUGCUGGCACAAUUAUCAAAGAGGAAGAGUCUAGUGAACUUCCACCUAUCCAAAAGAAACCGUUGGAACCAGCACCUAUGUCUUCGACGCUACCAUCUCAGUUCGCUAAGAACCUACUUCCAUCACCAUCGACAUUUUAUCCAGAGUUUUAUGCUUCACAAGCGGAGCUGAGCCCAAUUGUGUUUGGACAGACGCCUACAAGUGCACAGCCUAGCUCAGCUUUCCCAUGGCCUGUCCCUAGGGAGCGAGAACUGUCACGCGUUCACCAGCCAAGCCCACUUGCAAAGGGCCAGACAUCUGGAGAGAGCUCUUCUGUCUCGACGUCUAAAAAUACUUCUGCACCGGGAUCAAAUCUGCGCAUCACGUCGACGCCAAAUACUUCAUCUCCAUCAAAUAACUCUGGCCCAGCAGGUGCAUCUCCUGAUGUAGACACAACGCGACCAAAGUCUUCUUUAGGGAAUGGCGAAGAUACCACUGAUGAAGGUCCAGCUACGAAAAAGGCUCGGAAAGAAUAGGACAGGCUGCAUCAAUAAUUACACAUCUAUAUCAUUCAUAUUAACACCAGCGCUUUGGAGAAAAGAAGCGUACGUUUAGAUUGACUCUUGAUCCUCUCCUGACUUUUACACUUUCCUAGUUAUAAUCCUCUUGUCACGAAAUCCACUAGUUAACCCAUGUAUUAUAUUAUCCUGGAUAAAAUAAAUAUAAAAUAUAUCCCUU